AUGCAUGAUCAUGUUGGAUUCGGUUAUUGUCGUUCCACGAAUACAUACAAGCUUGUUAAGAUUGCUCGAGGUUCUAAAAAGGGGAAGCAACACGUCAAAGUUUACACUCUUGGUGAUCGCAGUGGGUGGAGAGACAAACCAGAAAUUACCUAUGAGGUUUCUGGAUCAGGCGUUUUUGCUAAUGGGGCAGUGCAUUGGGUAAUAAAUAAAAGAUCUCCAACUAACUGUGAUAUUGUCGCAUUUGAUUUAGCAGAAGAAUCAUUUCGACCUAUCCCACCACCACCUUGUCAUCCCAAAUCUUUUCAUGACGUUAAUCUUGGGUGCUGUGAAGCAAAUAUUUAUAUGUGUCAUCCAUAUACAAAGAAAAAGGAAGAUAAGAUGGAUAUAUGGGUAUUCGAAAAGAAAAAUAUGAACAAUUGUGGAAGUAAUAGUUUGGAAGAGUCUAUGUGGAUAAGGAGGUUCAGCGGAAAACGGGAGAAAAGCUUCUUAACUCGCUCAUUGUCCCGAACUGAGAGUGAAAUUCUAAUAUGGCAGAAUAGGGUUCUCACUUGUUAUGACCCUAAAACUUCCAAGAAAAUAUGGUGCAUAGAUGCACAAGGGUCUGUUUCUGAAGCAAUUCCUCAUAUGCAUAGCUUUGUUUCGUUGAAAGAUUUUAGAGAAGAGAGAGUUGAUCAUGUAGUGGUUCCAGAAAUUCCAGUCUACAGCUUUUAA